AAGGAGCGAGUGGGAGAAAGAAAAAGAAAAGGGAACUAUUCCAUUUUCCUUGGGAGGGUGGCAGUGGCAGUGGCAGUGGCAGAGGCAGAGAUACGGAUACGGACAGAGGUUUUCUCUCUCACUACUAGCAAGAAUUAGUGUGUCAUGUGUGUGUGUGUGUGUGUGUGUGUGUGUGUGCCCUCGUGAUCGGAGAAGGCAGAUCCAUGGAAGACUGUUCCCGCUAGUCACGUGGGUUCUUUUGACUACCCAACGACUAACCCAUCUGCCCCCCUCCUCCCUCCUCCUCUUUCUAAUCCUGUUACGACCGCCCAAUACCCAUAAACAUUACCACUACCAACACCAAGUAUUUUCUUCUCUAUUUAAGAGAACCUCCAUCAAACACUUGGUCUUCAUGUUAAUCACAAGCUAUUUUCACUGCAAGUUAGAAACAGUAAGAAGCCAUAUACCUACCCCAUUCAUUUGCUCAUACCCCAUCUAUAACACUCACUGACUCAACUGACUUUGGCUGACUCAUUUUUGUCUUUCUCCUCCUCUUGGGCUAUUUGGGGUUUUUCUUGACAUGCAAAUUGGGUCCAUCUCUGUCGUCUCUUAGUUACUAUACACGUAUCUGUGUCUUUGUAUAAAUUAUUUUACAUUUGCAUUUCACGACAAGCUGGGACUGCAGGUGCUGACUGGUAUUUCGCCAUUUUAUUAGCCUAUAAAGCUACCAGACAACGUCUCUUCUCAUCUCUUAUCUUACCAUUCAUCACCUCUCUCUCUCUCUUUCUCUCACUAGUGCUCUCUUAUUCAAACACUAUAUUAUUGCAAAUUCUCUAUUCGUUUUACUAUUUGGGUUCGUACUCUAUAUCUCUCUCAUCUGCUAUUCCCUUUUAACUCCAAAUUCAUCUUCCUCACUUCAUCUCCAAGUCCAACCAUAUAUAUUAACCCUCCUUAUCCCUCUUUAUAUAGAGAGAGAGUAGUAGUUUGUUAUCUGAUCUCUGGUGAUAUAGAAGAAGAAGAAGAAGAAAUUGAGAAAUGAUGCAUAGGUGCAGUAGCUCUCAGGGGAAUAUGAUGGGACAGUGUACUUGUGGUCUGUUUCCUAGCCAAAACAACUCUUUCUCCAUGUUAUUUUCCAUGCCAAACCACCACAAAUCUUUCGAUGAAGCAGACAUGUACCCUUUUGCCUCUUCAUCAUCUUCUGUUGAUUGCACUCUCUCUUUAGGAACUCCAUCCACUCGUCUAAGCGAAGACGAAGACAAAAGAAUCCGCCAUGAACGCCGGCCUAGUUCUUGCAUGUCAAACUUCUGCUGGGAUAUUUUGCAAACCAGAAAUACUCCUUAUGCUCCUCAAACACAUAAAACUAGUCGUGGAAGCAAUUCUAGUAGCAACAAUAAUGCUGCCAUUAAUGAUCCUCUUCUUGCUCGUCGAUGUGCCAACUGUGACACUACUUCAACUCCGCUUUGGAGAAACGGUCCAAGAGGCCCCAAGUCACUUUGCAAUGCAUGUGGAAUUCGGUUCAAGAAAGAAGAGAGAAGAGCUACAGCUGCCAACGGAAGCAGCAACAGCAAUGCAAGUGCAUCAUCAUCAGGAACAAUGGAGCAGCACUACGCUUAUCAAAACAAUUCAUGGGUUCAAACCCAGAAAAUGCCAUGCUUCUCUCCGGCCAAUGAAUUCAGGUUCAUAGAAGACAGCGAUCGAGAUUCUGAUACGGGCAUUCCUUUCCUUUCUUGGAGACUCAACGUCACAGACAGGCCAAGCCUUGUCCAUGACUUUACAAGAUAAA